AUGAUGGUCGGCUACAUGUUCAUAGGCUUCGUGUGCAGCGACUACGUUACGGGCAUGCUCUACCCAGAGACGCUCCACGGAGACUUCUCGGUGGCCUCCGUGGUGAGCCACCUCUCCCUCGCGUUCAUCGCCAUGAGCGCAGGUGCCGAGCUGGAUUUCUUCGCGCUCGACGACGAUCGCGUGAGACAGAUCCUCUCCCAGAUCGUGUUCAUGGGCGUGCUCAUGGUGUUUGUCGGCACCCCCGCCAUCUACGCGAUGAGCGCUGUAAUGCCAGCGAGCCUCUUGGACCAGGGAAUUUGGUGCCAGUGGUCUGCGGCUCUCAUGGUGGCAGUUGUACAGUGGGCGGGAUCCGUCAUCGAGGUCCUCGGCAUCUACUACGAGACGCAGGGUCAGGCUGCGCUCGAGGGGCGCCCGCCUGGCCCCGUGACGCAGCUGAUGAUAGGGACGACCAUGCUUCUGGACAUGGUCGUCCUGGUGUUUUUUGCCAUCACUCAGAACGUUGUCGUCGCUGCCUGCCCCCUGGAGGACGAUUCGAAGCCUAUAGGUGGCUCCAGUUGGAACAUCGUCUUCUCGGUCGGCAUGGUGUUCAGCAGCAUAUUCCUUUGGGUCUUGCUAGGAGUGGCGCUGGGCUGCGCGAUAUGGCUGAUAUUGCUGAUCCCCUCGCCCGGGUGGUAUGCUGGCGCAGCCGCAGCCACAGGCUGGGCCAGCGCAGCCAGGUCGGGGCUGGUGGUAGCGACGGCUGGGGCAGCCUACCAGGCCAUGCUGAAGCUGAACACGGUGAUCCCAAUGAUAUCCCCGAGGCUCCUGCGGGUGGACCCGCUGCUCGUCUGCAUGAUCAGCGCCAGCUUCUUGAUCCACAGGACGGACCGGCGGCAGCAACUGCGCGAGGUGCUGAGCGGGCUCGCGCCCGUAGUCAUGCCGCCCUUCUUCACUGUGGCCGGGGCCUCCCUGGAGCUCGGGGCCAUCAUGGAGCACGCGGCGGCCGUGCCGCUGCUCUUCCUGCUGCGUUUCGCCGCGCUGGCCCUGGGGAGCUUCUCGGCGUCGGCCUUCACGCGGCAGGACGACCGGGUGAAGCGGCACGUCUGGAUGACGCUGCAGAGCCAGUCUGGGGUGACCCUCGGGCUCGUGGCGCAGAUGCAAAUCGGGCUGGUCGGCCAACGGCCGUGGGCCCGCGGCGCUGCCGCGAUCGUCACGGGGUGCGUAGUGCUCAACCAGCUGGUCGGCCCGACGCUGUGCCGCUUUGGCAUCCGGAGCGCUGGCGAGGCCACCGACGAGUACGAGAAGGCGGAAUCGCCGCUCUUCUUGGACUCGCUCGGGGGGACGCCGACGAGACUCGUGGACACUGGCGUCAGCCCUCCCGGCGGCGGCUCCGAACCUGGCGGCGGCUCCGACCGCGGCCACAGGGCGAUGCGGGGCAGCAGCAUCUCCGGGGGCAGGGCCCGCGUGAUGUCGGGGAUGUCGGGGCUGUCCGCGCUGUCGGGCGGCAGCUACUCCAUAAGGUCGCCGCUGGGCACCCUGGUGGAGAACGAGACGGCCCGGACGCAACGGGCGCUCUCGGCGGUGGUGGCCAACCCGGAGCAGAUGGUCACGGGGCUCUCGGCGGAGCCGAUGGCCCACUAG